UCAGAUCGCCAUUUGUGUUGGGAGUGAGAGGGGUUUCGGUGCGAUUGUCUCAUUUCUUGGCCAUUUCUUUGCUAUUUCCAGUGAUAAAAGGUGCUUAGUGUGUUUCUAAUGAUGGAGGAAAGUGUGUAUUGUGGAUAGGGAUGCGACUUAAAUAGGAAAAGCAUCCUGGUUUAUGAGUCUUUUAUUAAGUUUUGUCCCGAGGAAAAAUGGCUCACUCCCAGUCUGUGAAUUGUAGCUUGGAUGACAUCGACCUCAACGCGUUAAAGGACCCAGCUGGAAUUUUCGAUCUAAUAGAAGUCGUUGGCAAUGGAACAUACGGUCAAGUUUACAAGGUAUGUUCGCCUUGGCCUUCGCUGCGCUUGGGAACGGCUCGCAAGUAUCUUUCCUUUCCAGUGUGCGUGAGGACUGACGAGUUUGACCAUGUGAUGACGUGUACGUCUUGCGGGGAAGGGAUUACGUUGUAUUGUUUGGCGAUUGGGUGCAGCAUCCAACGUCUUUUUAACUCUUUCCCUCUGUUUCUCACUUUCACUUCCUUCUCCAUUUUGUGUGCAUGUGUCUGUAAGCGUGCGUGCGCCGUUUGCUUUCAUUUCCCCUCGCAUCACCUUCGUAGGGCAGGAUCAUCCCGAGUGGCGCACCCUUGCUCCUUAUCUGUCCCGGCGGUGGAGUCACGCGUGAAGGCGACCGCGACCUUUGUCAUAUUGGUGGCACUGCAGGUCGGGGCUGCCGAGGGCGGGGAGCGGGGGUGGGGGCAGGGGGCAAGGAAGGUGAGCCAGCGCCAUAAGUGGGCAAGGACGCCGCAUUUGCUUCGGCCAAAGUUAAGGCCACGGAUGCUGUGGGAGUAAAUUUACUUGGGGGCGUUUUCUUAUCUUUUGGUGCUGGUCUCUCCCCCAUUUCCUCUCUCUCUCUCUCCUUCUCUUCCACGCAUUCCCUCUACCUCUCCUUUGCUCGCUCCCUUCCUCCCCGUCCCCCGGCAUCCUCACGCCCACGGAAUAUGCCUCCGACGACGAUUCAUUGCAGCUCAAAGCCAAGCCAAGCCAAGUCGGGCGGGUCAACAGUCGAGUGUUUGCCUCGGUGAAAG